CCCUAGUACCUAUUAUAAUCCAAAUUACAACAUUAUUUUAACAAAAAUAAUUCAGAAGCUUACCACUUAUCGACAACAUUCAUCAUGGCCCAGUUGCCAGAUCACUUCAAUGAGAGUGAAGCUGGAUUUACACACGGAGCAGAUCACAAAGCUAAUGUUUGGUCCACGACUAAACUGUACGAGAAGAUUCCCGGUCUUUGGCCUUCUUCGUUUAGCCACGAGUAUUGUUGUAUCUAUAGAGUGCCAUACCGGUUACGGAGAGUGAACCUCGAGGCUUACACUCCCCAAAUGCUUCUGAUCGGUCCUCUCCACCAUUCUAAGAAAGCUAAAGCCCUCGAGCUCUACAAAACCGAUCCGAGAUAUUUGGACUAUAUAAACAUGGAGCUUCACAAGAAGAAGUACCUUAAUAGUAUUGCAAAUACAUUCGGGGAUGAAACUAUUGAAAGGUUCAGGAACAUCAACGUAAGAGAUGAGAAAUGCAUAAGAGAAAGCUACUCCGAAUCAACGGACUGGAUCAAAUCAUCGGAGUUCGUGGAAAUGAUGCUCCUCGACUCGAUUUUCAUACUAAAGUUCUUCACUGGGGUCGAAAGUCGAAACACCAACACGAAAGGAGAUAUUAUUUUUGCUGCGCCUUCUCUCAUAACCGCUAUUUUCGAAGACCUAAUCUUGCUUGAGAACCAACUUCCUUAUUCCCUUUUAGAUAGUCUCUUUGAACCCUUUUUCUUAACUAUUAAAACUGAGGUAACGUUCCGUGAUCUUACCCUUCGAGUAUUUAACUUUGAAGGAAAGAUCGGAAGGGGAGUUAAGUUCCGACAUUUUAGAGAUUUGUUUCGGCGUGUCCGCGUGGAAACACUUGAUUUGAAAGAAGAACGAAUUAGUAGAGUCUUGGCAGAGACACCAAAAAACAUAACGAGGCUGGCCAGCGCAGACAAACUUGACAGUGCGGGGGUGGAUUUUGUGAAUAUGUAUGAGGGAAGUGAUGUAUCAUUGGUGAUUAAAUUCGAGCGUGGAAUCUUGUUUUUGCCUUGUUUCACAGCAGAUGACUACACCGAGAGGGUUAUGAGGAAUUUAAUGGCACUUGAGCAAUGUCAUUACCCUCUCACUGCUUAUGUUUGUAACUACAUCGCCUUUUUGGAUUUCCUCAUCGACAGCGAGCAAGAUGUUGACUUGCUUGUCAAGAAAGGUCAGCUAAUUUGGGAUUUUGUGAUCGUAGCCUCUGUUGUUAUCGUCGUAGUGACAUUUAUUGGAACGGUGACUUCCGUUCUCCAAGUGACGCAGAACGACAAUAAGUCUUUGCCGUCUCCGGUUCCGCCCCGGGUACUGUAGUUUAACAAGAAUUGUGUUCUUGAUAUACACGAAACUAUAACAAGAAUUGUGUUCUUGAUAUUCCAUCCUACAAUAGUUUAAAUGAGAGAAUUCAUCCAACAAAUUAUGUAAACUUAUUUUUA